AUGAAUCCGGCUGAGAUGGUUGUGGUGGAAAUAGAGCAAGGAGCACUGAGAGGAGUCGUAUGUAAUAAUAACGACGUGACAUACUUAGCGUUUAAAGGAAUUCCAUAUGCAAAGCCACCGUUGGGCGCAUUGAGAUUCAAGGCUCCCGAACCUCCAGAAUCAUGGCAAGGAACUCGCGACGCUUCACAACAUGGGCCUGUGUGUCCGCAAUACAACGAACGUUUACAACAGUACGAAAUAGGCAGUGAAGAUUGUCUUUACCUUAAUGUCUAUUCUAAAACGAUCAUCCCUAGUGGUUUAUUACCAGUAAUGGUAUGGAUACAUGGCGGCUCUUUUUAUACAGGCUCCGGUAACUCAGAUUAUUACGGACCAGAUUUUUUUAUGCGGCAUGAUAUGGUUCUUGUAACAAUAAAUUAUAGAUUAGAGGUUCUUGGCUUUCUCUGCCUCGAUAUUGAAGAGGUUCCCGGUAAUGCUGGCUUAAAAGAUCAAGCAGCAGCGUUGGCAUGGGUAAAAAAAAAUAUUUUUGCAUUCGGUGGAGAUCCUAAUAAUAUAACGAUUUUUGGUUGCAGCGCUGGCUCAGCGUCCACGUCGUACCAUUUACUUUCUAAAAUGAGCGAAGGUUUAUUUAACAAAGCCAUAUGUCAAAGUGGAGUUUGUUUAAACGAAUGGGCUUACGGUAUUAAUGCUCGUACGCGUGCAUUUCAACUAGGAAAGUUACUGGGAAUGGAAACGCAAGAUUCUAAACAAUUAUUAGAAUUUUUGAGGGACGUUUCCGUCUCAUCCUUAGUACAUGUUAAUUUACCAUCAAUCGAAUCGAAAGAUAAAGACAUUACAGACAGUAUAUUUUUUUCACCUGUUAUUGAAAAUUCCGCACUUAGCGGAAAACAUUUUAUUACAGAGUCUCCGCUCACACUGAUAAAGAAAGGAGUUCUAUCAAAAGUACCAAUAAUUGUGGGAUAUACUUCUGGGGAAGGUAUAGAAUUAGGUAGGCUAUUUCCUAAUACACUAACAUUUCUGUUAAAUGUUGGCGCUGUUGUACCCAGAGAGUUAAAGUUUAAAUUGAAAAAUGAACAGACGCUAGAAGUCGAUCGUAAAAUAAGAAAGUUCUAUUUUAAAGAUCAAGAAUUAAACAAAACUAUGCUACAAGAAGUUGUGGAUUUUGAAACAGAUAGAUUAUUCGCAUAUAAUAUCUACAGAUUCGCACGCUACCACAAACAUGUCACAGCCAUGCCGGUUUAUUUCUACAAAUUUUCAAUUGAAACAGAGAGAAAUUACACAAAGAAAUUUUAUAAAAUGGACGACGUGCCUGGGGUCUGUCACGCAGAUGAUUUGCCAUAUCUUUUCAAUAUAAGCUGCCUAGACAUUCCAUUAACAGAGGAAUCGGAAAACGUUAUUAGGCAAAUUGUUCAAUUAUGGUUCAAUUUUGCUUCUACGGGAAAUCCUUCCUCAUCAGGAAUAUCAACCGAAUGGAAACAAUUUACGGAAAAGGAGCGAUAUUACAUGUUAAUAGACAAAGAUUUAAAAUGUAUUCAAAAUAUCGAUGAAAUUAAAAUGAAAUUUUGGGAAGAUAUUUACGGUGAAAGGACAUUGGACGUUAGAAAA